CAAUCGAUUGCUACACAAAAUGACUUCUGAACUAUCCGGAUUUCGCCGUUUUUCUCACGGAGCUCCACCACCACGAAGAGGAUCUAUAUUUUCGAAUGUACAACGCGGAACAGACCUGCAAAGAGGAUCGGUUGUCAGUAUUGCCACCACUGCAGCACAAACAACUGGACACAGUUGGUGUUACAUUCUGCGGGCAAUGCAAAGACAGAACUACUCACUUGCACCUGGUUUCGGCAUUUGCACUUGUGCCAUAAUUAUCAACAGUCAUUUUUAUUAUUUCGAUAUCUUUGACAAACUAAGCGAUAUUUACGAUGGAAAAAAAUACUACACACCAAUCGAUGUAUUGAAGAUAGCUAUGUAUUUUUUGGGCGCCUGCAUCGGCAGCAUUGUGUGUGGCAGUUAUCAGAACACUUGGCCAGCACGAUUGUCUAAUUAUGUCAUCGGUGCGAUUUUAUUCGCGUCAUGUGGCUUCAUGUUUUGGAUAAACGAUAUCGCAACUUGUAUUGCACGAUUGUUGGCUGGAUUUUGUUACGCGUUCACUUAUAUAACAUUGAUCACUCAAGUGGCCGACAAUGUAAUGAAAACGGUUCGAGGAUAUAUGGCAAGCGGUUUGGCACAGUCUACAGCCUUGGGCUUAAUACUGGGCAUCGGAUUCAGUGAACAUUCAUGGAAAACACUUGCUUAUAUGGUAUGGAUGCUUCGCAUAAUACUGCUUGCAUUUCCAAUAACAGUGCUACUAACGAACCGCUUUUUGACAUACGAACCAAUUACACGGCUGCUUAAAAUGGAACAAGAAACGGAAGCACGAGAAGUGUUGGACGAACUACGUCGAGGAAAAAUUGAAAGUUCAGUCAUUCAAUACGAAAUUGAGGAGAGAAAGCUCAUGCUGAUCGAGGACUAUGUUGAUGAGAGCGAAGGUUGUGGUUUUCGAAAAGUGUUUAGCAAUGGCAAUGCAAUGACAUUACUUUGGCUUGUUUUGCUUCGCAUAUUGUAUGUGCUCACGGCAAACAUGUAUUUAUUCAUCUUAUCAGCGAUUUCAAUUUAUCAAGAAUUAAAUUAUGUAAUGCAUAUGGUUUUGAUGGGGACGCGUUUGCUAAUCAUGGUCAUUCCACAAUAUUCCAUCGAUAAAUUGGGACGACGAGGCCUUUUGUUAACAUCUGGCCUUGGAUCUGGUAUCUUAUUGUUACCGUUUGCCGCACAGCACACGACCGAUAUUCGCAUUCGUGGAGAUUUGAUGAGUCUCAUUACUUUUGGAGUACACAUUUUCUCCGCGCUCGGAAUUGAACCAGUUCAGCCGAUUUAUGCAAGCGAAGCCUUUCCACUGUCAGUAAGAAAUGGGUCAAUUGCUAUUGUUACGUGUGUUGAAUACGUUCUACAAGGAACCAUUGCCAUUUUGUUGCUUCUUGGAGAAAAACUUCCUCUGCAAAUUUUGUUGGUCGUCACACCUGUGUGUGUUCUCUUGUUGACUAUCAUUUUAUUUGUCAAAUUGCCCGAGACCAAAUCGAUGCCAUUACGUCGAUGUCGCAAUCAGUUCAACAAAAAUAUCCCGAAGAAAACACUUCCGUCUCGCGUCUCAAGCAUCCAUACACUUGGCAGUACUUUUAUGUGAAUAUGAAUUUUGUUGAAUAAAUUCUCCGUCAGUUUUUAUUAAAUUAAAUUUUUACAUUAUACAAUAAAGUUGUGAGUUGUCUUUUUCUUAAAUUCACA